AUGUCUGCCUUCAUCAUCCUGUCCUCUGGUUCUUUGGCGGCGCCCAUUCUGCGCGCGCAAGAGCAACAUGAAUUGAGCCGCGCCACAAAUUUUGCCGGUGAGUGACCUCCUUGUAGAUAGCUGCUUUAGAAGCACCUUCUUCGUUGGACCGGACUUCUUACACUACAAAUUUUCAAAACAGUUGACAACGACAAGGGUAAAGCAUCCGUAGCUUUUUCGAACCUCAGAAACCGGCUGCAUCGACGUGGGGCCAAAACUGGCCCGAGUACGGACUCAGCCUCGCGUUUGCAACAGCGACACUCUGAUUUGAUCUCACCAAGCAUCAUUCAGAAGAGGUGGGAGCUUCCAGGAGGAUAUUUCUCGUGGCACGGAGACGACGUCGGAAUCAAGCUUUAG